GAGGAGAAAAAGAGAACAAGAACGCCCCUGUGUUGAGUAGAAACUGGGAAGAAGAGUAGUAGGGCGAAGAAACUCAGCAAUAUAAACCAAAUAAAAGGCGGCAAUUAAGCAACGGCUACAUAGCUGCAGGUUGUAAACAAACAGAAGGGGAACACUUAUAUACCAAGAAUAAGAUUGGGCUAAAUUUGCUGCUUACUAUUUCUGUCUGAAUAAGGGCCUAGAAGUGAAAAUUUCUUUUAGAUGCCUGCUCCAACGGGUUCAGGAAACAUAAAGCUUAGGAAGAAACUAAAAAUUGCAAAUGGUAUAUCCAAAGAUGAUAAAAAGAGUUGUAUAAACCUAGAUUCUAAUGGAAAAGGAGUUCGAAGAAGUAAAAGAGCACAAAAUAGGGAAACUGAAAGUUAUGGGGUUUCUCAUUCUGGUGGUAAUGUAUCGAGUAAGAAAGGAAUCCGUGUGAAAAGCACGGUGAUGUCGAAUGCUGCGGAGGAAGUUUAUGAGGGAGCAUUGAAGGGGAAAUCGGGGAUUUCUGGUGGGAAAAGGAAGAGAGUUUAUGCUCAUCGAGAUAUGGACAAACAAGGAACUUUAGAGGACAGUGCUGGAAGUUCUCGUAGAAGGUCCUCACUCAAAUCAUAUAGAACACGAAAAUUGGAUUUGGAGACGCAAGACAAGUUUUCUGAUCCGAGAGAAUCUAGAAAGAAGACCUUAUAUGGUGAAGCUAGAAGGUCUAACAAUAGUAAGUUGUCAGAACAGAGCACACGUAAAAUGAAUUUGGAGAGGCAAGAAAAGUUCUUCGAUUCAAGAGAAUCUAAAAAGAAGACUUUAUAUGGUGAAGGUAGAAGGUCUAACAAUUGUGAGUUGGCUAACGAGAGGAAUUCUAGGAAGGUGAAGGAGAUAAGGGAAGUGAAAUAUGUUAAGGUGGAUGGCUAUGGGGAAGAAGAAAAUGGUAAAAGAAAAUCCAAAGAAAGAGAGGCAUUGGACCAGAAUAGGAGCAAGCAAAUAGCUGAAUCUCCUAGUAGAUUUUUGAGAAAGAAGGUUCAAGAAAAGAAGAGCUUGGGUGCGGAUUCAGAUGUAUAUGACCAAAGGCCAAAGAAGAAAAAGCAAGACAUUCGAAUAGAUCCUCAUGAUACCUCGAACAAGAGGCUUGAUGAUGGACUGCCUAGUAAAGAUAACAAUAAGGAAAAGCAAGAAGAUUCAGCGAAAGAUAAAACUGUUGAACUGUCGAAGAAUGCACAGUUUCGUGCAAUACGCCCUAGUCCAUCUAUCCUUUCUUUUGUGGAAGACAAUUUGUUGGGUCGUAGACGCGAUAUUCAGUUAAAGAGGGCAGGCUAUAACAUUGAACUCUCUGCUCCCUUAGAUAACAUUCCUUUCUCAACAAGCUCAGAAAGGGAGCGGAUUGAAGAGCCGGUAUUCAGGAAUAAGUUGGAAUUUUUUGCUGCAGCUAAGGUUUCCUCGUCAUUUCCCCCUGCAGAUCUUCCAGAGAUUGCUUUUGCAGGAAGGUCAAACGUGGGAAAGUCAUCUUUACUAAAUGCAUUGACCAGGCAAUGGGGUGUUGUACGGACAUCAGAUAAGCCUGGACUCACUCAGAGUAUUAAUUUCUUCAACCUUGGUUCAAAAAUGUGCUUGGUUGACUUGCCUGGAUAUGGUUUUGCUUAUGCAAAAGAAGAAGUAAAAGAAGCUUGGGAGGAGCUUGUGAAAGAGUAUGUUUCUACACGUCUUGGUCUAAAGAGAGUCUGCCUUCUGAUUGAUACAAAGUGGGGCAUGAAACCAAGGGAUCAUGAGCUCAUUGAUUUAAUGGAGAGAGCUCAAACAAAAUACCAGAUUAUUUUAACCAAGACAGACACGGUUUUCCCAAUAGAUGUGGCACGACGAGCCAUGCAAAUUGAAGAGAACCUCAAGACAUACAAGUCGGUAGUUCAACCUGUGGUGAUGGUAAGCUCAAAAUCUGGAGCGGGUAUCCGAAGUUUAAGAACAGUGCUUUCUAAGAUCGCUCGGUUCGUGAAACCAUAAAUGCUUGGCUUCAGUGCAGAUCACCUGCCACUAUCAACUAGAAAGCAAUAUAUCCAAGGAUGGGUAUAAACUAAAUAUGUAGUUUUCUCUUGAUUGGUGAAGAAUGUUUGUAAAAGAUGGUGGCUAUUGCAAUUUUUCAUUCCUGACGUUAUUUAUCUGCACGAUCUUCAACUUGGUCCUGUCGGAGAGCUUCAUCUUGUUAAAUUCUUCCAUUUUUUAAUCUGAGUUGUUGCUCAGUUCUGCCCUUUGAAUGGGUAGUCUACUGGAAUCAUUUAAUAUGUUUGAAUUCUGAUGUUACUUAUAUUCAGUAUCCUAAAGAUAGUGGGGGCAGGCUUUUCUUGGUUAGGAAAAAAGUAAAGUGUGUGGUCACUGAAAAUGCAGUGUUUCUCCACCAGUUUUCUUUGACUUAAAUGAUUGUUAGGUUCUCUGUAGCUAUGGAAAUCCAUUGACAUUGGAGUUGGUUGAAUUGUUCAAAUUAUAAAAUGCCUGGAUUCAUUGCUAAGCGAACACACAUGGGAUACGUUGUUGACAAUAUUGAGAUUUUGUUGUAACAGCUGAAUAAGAGAUCCUUUGACUAGUA